GACGGCGGCCGCCGCCAUGAUGCUUGUUUGCUUUCAAUGAAAACGAGGGGGGCGCAGAGGAGGAGGAGGCGGCGGCGUCGGUGGCGGCGGCGUCGGCUGCGCGAAGGGGAAGGCAGCGGUGGGUGCAGUGAGGAGGGUGAGGCCGGAGGCCGAGAGGCCGGGAGGCCGUAGUAGCGGCCCAUCGAGGCGGCUGAAGAGGGCGGCUGACGCGGUGGAUCUCGGAGGGAGAACAAAGAGCGGCGGCUGAGGCGGCAGAGGAGCGGCGACGGCGGCGCUGCAGCAGCGGGCGGGACUGGUAUGGUGGUUCCACAGGUCAGACCCCGCUGCACUCACAGGGAGGAGGCGGCGGCAGCGGCGGAGGAAGGCGGCGCACCCCAAGAGGCAUGCCCAAAGAAAAAUAUGAGCCCCCUGACCCUCGGAGGAUGUACACAAUUAUGUCCUCUGAGGAAGCAGCAAAUGGAAAGAAAUCACAUUGGGUGGAGCUUGAAAUAAGUGGAAAAGUGAGAAGCUUAAGCUCAUCUUUGUGGUCACUAACUCACUUGACAGCUUUGUAUCUAAGUGACAAUUCCCUGUCCCGCAUUCCUUCAGACAUUGCCAAGCUUCACAAUCUGGUGUAUCUGGACCUGUCCUCUAAUAAAAUCCGGAGUUUACCGGCAGAACUCGGAAACAUGGUAUCACUCAGGGAACUCCAUUUAAAUAACAACCUGUUACGAGUUCUACCUUUUGAGCUGGGAAAACUGUUUCAGUUGCAGACUUUAGGCCUGAAAGGAAAUCCACUUACCCAGGAUAUAUUGAACCUCUAUCUGGAACCAGAUGGAACAAGAAGGCUACUGAACUAUUUGCUUGAUAAUUUGGCAGGUACUGCAAAAAGAAUUUCAACAGAACAACCACCUCCAAGAUCUUGGAUUAUGUUACAAGAACCAGACAGAACACGGCCAACUGCCUUGUUUUCUGUCAUGUGCUAUAAUGUUCUUUGUGAUAAAUAUGCGACCCGGCAGUUAUAUGGCUACUGUCCAUCAUGGGCACUAAAUUGGGACUACAGGAAAAAGGCCAUUAUUCAAGAAAUCUUGAGUUGCAAUGCUGAUGUCAUAAGUCUUCAGGAGGUUGAAACAGAACAGUAUUACAGUUUUUUUCUGGUAGAACUGAAAGAACGUGGCUAUAAUGGAUUCUUUAGUCCUAAAUCUAGAGCUAGGACAAUGUCAGAACAAGAAAGAAAACAUGUUGAUGGCUGUGCAAUAUUCUUUAAGACAGAAAAAUUUACUUUGGUUCAGAAACACACUGUUGAAUUUAAUCAGCUAGCAAUGGCAAAUUCAGAAGGGUCUGAAGCUAUGCUGAAUAGAGUCAUGACAAAAGAUAACAUUGGAGUUGCUGUACUGCUAGAACUUCGAAAGGAAUUGAUUGAAAUGUCAUCUGGAAAGCCACAUCUUGGAACAGAAAAACAACUUAUUCUCGUGGCUAAUGCUCAUAUGCACUGGGACCCUGAAUACUCUGAUGUGAAGUUGGUUCAAACAAUGAUGUUCCUCUCAGAAGUGAAGAACAUCAUUGAUAAAGCCUCGAGAAGCCUCCAGUCCAGUGCAUUGGGAGAAUUUGGAACUAUUCCACUGGUGUUGUGUGCAGAUCUUAAUUCUUUGCCGGACUCUGGUGUUGUGGAAUAUUUGAGCACUGGUGGAGUAGAAACAAAUCAUAAAGACUUUAAGGAACUGAGAUAUAAUGAAAGUCUUACAAACUUCAGCUGUAAUGGGAAAAAUGGGACAACCAAUGGAAGGAUCACUCAUGGUUUCAAGUUAAAGAGUGCCUAUGAGAGUGGCCUGAUGCCUUACACAAAUUACACGUUUGAUUUUAAGGGUAUAAUUGACUACAUCUUCUAUUCUAAACCUCAGCUGAACACUUUAGGCAUCCUGGGACCUCUGGACCACCAUUGGCUAGUUGAGAACAAUAUCAGCGGCUGCCCACACCCACUCAUCCCCUCUGACCACUUCUCACUUUUUGCACAACUGGAGCUCUUACUGCCUUUCCUGCCCCAAGUUAACGGCAUUCACCUUCCUGGCAGGAGGUAGUCAAGUACCUUCAGAGGAUGACCUCAGUUUCACUCGGAAACUCGUAAAAAAUCUGAAUAUAGGGGAGUGAGGUAUGGCCACUAGGGAUUUUUUUUCCUUAAUGAUGAUUUGAGUUUUCAAGCUGAUUAUUUGAUAAGGAUAUAGUAUGAAAGCCAGGUGCUAGCAAACAGACAAAUUCUGAGCCCGAUAUGCUUUAUAUACUGUUAGACAGGGACUGGUGUGUUUGCACCUAUCUUUAAUUUGUUACAAGUAAUUUUCCUGUUUCUUCUAUCCAAUAUAAUAUUUUCAUGCCUUGAAAUAGGAAAAUGUUUGAACAGCAUAUUCUCUUUGCACAGAAAUCUGUAGCACUACUUUUUUGAGGCCAGUAAUAACAUCCAGAGAUCAUUCUUCCAUACUUUACUCCCUCCUUUUUCAGACUUGUUUGUAAAAUAUAGAAUUUAAAUUUAGCCUUUAUGAUUGUAUAUGAUCCACAGAAGACCUGAUUUAUGAAAUUUUGUACUAAAAAAAUCAGAUUUGGAAAUGAUUGUAUUGUAAUCUAAGGCUAAGUUUUUUUUACCUGUUUCAUGUGUUAUAAAGGCCAGCUUGUAAAAGAAGUUGCAACAGACUUUCUCUGCUGAUGAUUUGCACUGUUAGGGUUUUGUUAGCCCUUUUGUACUACUUUGUUUUUAAAUUGAGAACAUUGCUCUUUAAAUCUAAAUCUGUUUAAAGUUUAGGACAUUUUCUUGGACCAGAGGCAACUUACCCAUGAAUUCCUGGGUUUUUACAAAAAACUAUCUACCAGGACAGGUAAGCUGAGCAGUGAAUGAUCUGUAGGCAUUAUGGACUGAAUGUAAUGGUUGAUAUAUGUACAUUCUGAUAUUUUUAAAUCCUCAGCUUUUUUAAGUUACAAAAUUACAGCUGCUUAGGGACAGCUUCUUAACUCCUUUUUGAGACACUUCCUGUCCUAUCUCCACUGUGCCUGCCUGAAUUUGUUCUCACCAAGCACUGCCUGUGCAUGCAGAGAAAAUCUGUGCAUCCUCUUUUUUAUUUUUAAAUACUGUUUAACAUUUGUCAGAGUUUUAUGAAAAUGCUUUUGUAUGGGCUGUGGCUUUUUUUCCAUUGUGAAGCAUUGAAUAUCACAUUUUGGAACAUGUUCAUAGGGUGGGUCCCUGGGUCUUUACUCACCAGACCCAAGCACUGCUUCUUGGUGUCAUUGCACAGUGCUGUUCAUCACCCAGAGUACUAGUAUCAUGUGAAUUCUUUUUGUUUUCUAUGUAUUCCUUAGUUUCCAUGUUUUUUAGAAAUCAUUCCUUUAAAAAAAAAGUAAUUUUCCAUUUAUGAAGCAGUAUAAAAUAAAUGAGAUGUAUUUUCAAAACAGGUCCCUAAGACAAUACUUCAGAUCAUUUUAAAAGUGACUAAGUCAUUUUAACAUGUCAACCAAGAUAAAAGUUAUAUUAUACCUUGUAUUUUGCCCAUAGUGCUGUUAGUAGAGAUUAAAGCCAGCUUUAACUUUGCAAAGUUAACUCCUAUAUGUUGUUCUCAUUCAUUCAUUCUCUCAAAAAAAUCAAAUGAAUUCACAGGGAACUUGGUCUAACUGCUUUUGUUUCAACUGCAGGCAGGGGAGCAAAAGGACACCAUGUAUGUGAGCAUUAAGAAAAGAAAUUGUUGAAUGUUAGUAACAGUUUUUAUACAGAGAGUGAGUCAUUUUGGAUAAUGACUUAAAAUUUUAUGAAAAAUGUUUAGCACUUAAAUGUGCUUAUUCUGUUUUUAAGAGAAAAUAAAAUCUCAUACUGUUUAAGUAAAUGAUUCUUUUUUUUUUUUUUUCUUUUUCUUUUAAAAAAAAGAAAAAAUUCUCCAAAAGGUUUUGAUCUUGAAUCUUUGUCUGGGACCUGGUUUUUCCUUUGAAGUUUUUUUUUUUUUUUUUUUUUUAAACAUUUUGUUGUGAUGGUUUUUUAUUUUUUGCUUUUUGUUUUAAGUUGUGCUGGCACCGAACACAUCCAGUUUAUAGUCAGUACAUUGGAAAGCUGGUAUUACUGAUAUAGAACCAAUGCAUAACUUUUAUGGGGUUUCUUUUUGGGUUUUUUGUUUUGUUUGUAAAGUGUGAAUAAAAGGUGUGUUUACUCAUUUAUCCUAAACACUGUGUUGGUAAUGUGCAUCAUGACAAUUUCCAGCAAGGGCAAGCUGGAGCUGGUUGGACUGAUGAGAUGAAGGAAACUGCUUUUCUUAUGAUCUGCAUUAUAUAAUAACAGGUCCAGAGAGCUUUAUGGAAGGGGAAGGGGAGAAGCACUUACUCUGUUUAUGGAGGAUAUAUUCUUUUCAUAGAUGCUGGAACUAGAGUGCACUUGUUAGAUGCUAAAGGUUUGAGCUUUACAUAAAAUGUUUUCAUCUGUGUUUGUUACUGUCUACAAAAUAUUUGAAUUUGGGGGCAGCAUAGUAAGAUAUAAUGGCCUGUUACGUCUUGAAAAUAUUUGUUCUUGCCUCUUCUAGGCAGACUGCAUUCUGUGGCAGACUACCUUCUGUGGGUCAGUUUGAACAGCUUCUCCACCUUAUUAGAUAGUGAUAAAUUGAACCAAGAGUGUAGAUUUACAACUGUAACCUUUAAAAGAGAGAAAAAUAUUUUAAGUCUACAGGGAAUAAAUGGUCACACCAAAAUAGACUGAUAAGCAAGAUUUUGUGUUUUAAGUAUCCUCUGUGUCCUGAAUAAUUUCCAAUAAUCCGUACUCCCUAAAAUGCAAUAAAAACUAGUAUGUUUUCACAGUAUAGGUUUUCUUCAAAAAUUCUGUAACAAAUAUAUUUAAUGUGGUGUUGCCAUAAUGUAAUUUCAGUAUUCUUACUGGAUAAAUCCAUUUUAUGAAUGUUUUACAGAAAAUUCGGGGUAUAUUUUCUGUUUUUAAUGAUCAGAAAUUUGGAGGCGCUCAGUUCCUUGUAAAUCUCUUGAAGUACAGUUUACUGUAUUAGUGAUAAUUAUUUAUGCUUUAAGAAUUUAAACAAUGUUCAUCAAAAUUAAUUUAUGGCAUAAUUUAAACUAAAGUUGUAGAAAUAAAUUGUUGAUUGCAACUUUAAUAGUCCUAGAAGAUAGGCAGGGAACAUCUCCAAGAAAUGUGCUUUUAUUUUUACUUGAUUUGGUGACAGCCAGGAAAACUUAUUUUGAGUUAGCACUUUGAAACCUAAGGACAUUAUUAAAUUGGGUAGAAUGCACUUCUAAAUGUUGAAAUUAAAAUUUCAAAGCUCUUAAAAGAUUUCCGGUUUUCAAUAAUAAACUCCAAUUUUAGUAUUCCAUUUUUUACUAUUUAAACUUAUAGAAUUCGUUUCCAUAGUGACUUUUAAGGUUUUGGGGUCAUGCUAUAUAAGUAUAAAAGCCAACCUAAGCAAAGCAGUUAUAGCAAUUUGCUCUUUUAAUGAACCAAUAAGAAUACCCGGUACAAAUGCUGCAGAUAUUUCAAAGAAAACCUUUAGCAAGUGUUUCUCCCCUACUUGUAAACAGUAUUUUGAGAUGUUCACUUUGCUCUUCUUUUUGGUUACAUAAAUUUUAGUAACCAGUAUGUUGAAGUAGUGUUUAAAAUAGAAUAUCUAGUCUUUAUUUACAAUACAUUAAAUUGUGUAAUGCACUGGACUAAGUUUUGUUUACCAUUCAUGUAACAAAACCCAGCACAUUAUCUGCACUAAGCUCAAAGAAUGUCCCAUUUGCCUAGGCAGCUCUUCGAUAAGGGUAAUGGGAAACUGAAUAUGACCUAUGGACUGGUGGUAACAAGGGCUUUUACUCUUCUUUUCAGUGGAACCUUCUUGGUCAAAUUGUAACUAGCUAGUAUUAUAUUUAUAUACAGGGUCUCUUUUCUUUACCGAUGUAUUUUCCUACUCAUAGUCAACCAAUAAAUUCAAUUACCUGUUUCAAAUAUUUUUAAAGUGUAAUUUGUAUAGCUGUAGUAUUGAGGUUUGAGAAAAUAUGUGUUAAUCAGCAGACCACCUAUUUAAAAUUCUGAGUCAUCUGGGACAGGGUUAUAACUCACCCUUUGAAAGGGAAGAGUGAACGGGGACAGUGCUAUGAUAUAGGGAGAUGGUGUAAACUUAAGGAUCUCCUUAUUGGCUGUGGUAUUCUGUAUAACACUCAUAUCUUUGCCAAAGUUCAAUUUUGUAUUUAGGCAACUGAUGAUCCUUUUGUAUUUAGGAUUUUUGUUGUUGUUACCAUAUACCUCAUAGUAUAAGAAAUGGGCUCAUGUGUCUUUCAUCCUUUGGAAGGAGGUUGACAUAUUUUGAAUAAAUGCUUUUAAUACAGUAGCAAACAUUGUAUUGGUGGGGUUAUAUUAAUUCAUUAAAUGUUGUAAUUGUUACAUGUAUAGUUUGUUGUAUAUAUAAACUUUAAAAUUGACUUCCCAACUCUUCAGAGCAUUGAGUCUAUUUUUAGAAACUACUUCUUUAACAAAUAAAUGUAAAUUUUUAUAUAGAUGCUGGAAAAAAAAUCCUUUAAAAUCACAGCACAAUUAGAUAAAAUGAAUGUUUGCUGAGAUGUCCAGUUUUUAAAGUAGGCAUUUUCUACCUAAUCCUUAAUAUAUAAUUUUAUCUCUCUAACAGAAGUCUUGUUCUUCCUUAUGAUUGCCAAAAAAAUGUUGUAGAAGUUAAUGAAAUAUGCCCAUAUUUAUAAAUUCUAGUUCUGUAGAGGAACAAGUAUCUAAGGAAACAUGAACUGAAAUAUAUAUGCAAUAAAGUUUUCAGGUUUUAGGUAAAAAUGUUAUAUAUAUUGAGAAUUCCCUUCUUUGAGUGUUAUUUAUGUAUUCAAAUUUAAAUUGAGUUUAAAAUAAGCUUUCAUAAAUACUUUAAAGGCAAUUUUAAUAUACAGGUUAUAUAUUAUAAGAAUCCUUAGAAGAUAGUUUUUACUAGAAUUUUACAAGAAUUUUAGGCUAUUUCUGUAAGUUAAUAAUUUGCUCCAAAUAAUGAAAAAUGUUCUAAAUAGAUUGUUCCUCAAAUGAGUCUAACCAGCUAGUCUAUAGCUAGGAAUUGAGAAGACUGCUGGAUUACCAGGUGACUUGAAGACCAGUUUCUGCAGUUACUUUAGCAACAUUGACAGUUUAAAUCAAAUGAGUAGGGAGAUGUCCAUUUUCUCAUUUUCUUUGAACUGCACACUUCAGUUCACUCUAAUCUCAAAAGCUAUUAAAUUAUUUUGGGCCUGUUGUAAGACACUUUGUUCGCUACACCAAUGUGACUGGAGGUGGUGUCUCAAGAGCUCCUACUGCCAUAUACUUUUCAGGCUUACUAGCAAAGUGAAUUUAAGCUGUGGGGUCCCAGAGAGCCAACUCAGCAUGACUGCUUCAUUAAUUUAUUAAUGGCUUUUUUUUUUUCUUUUUUUGUGGUACGCGGGCCUCUCACUGCUGUGGCCUCCCCCGCCGCGGAGCACAGGCUCUGGACGCGCAGGCCCAGUGGCCACAGCCCACGGGCCCAGCCGCUCCACGGCAUGCGGGAUCCCCCCGGACCGGGGCACAAACCCGCGUCCCCUGCAUCGGCAGGUGGACCCCCAACCACUGCGCCACCAGGGAAGCCCUAUUAAUGCCUUUUGACUGCCAACCCUAUAACCCUGGUGAUUUCAGUAUCUCCGCUUCAUGGCAGUCCUGCUAGUACUAUUUUUUCCCAAGCUUUGUGUAAUUCUUGAAAGCCUGAUCCAUGAAAGACAUUGAAAAGGGACGCUGGUGUGAUCAAAUUCAAGGAGAAGAAAGCUGUAAAAUGCAGGACUUGCUUUCCUUUUAAUAUUCAUACUGAUGCAGGUGGCUCCUUCUCAGGGCAAUGAUGUAGGUGUGAGGGGUAUAUGCUCACAUUCUGAGCUUUAUAUAGGGAGUUACCAUCUCCCCUCCCCAUUAACAUGAUGCUUGCUAGUGGUGACUUUGAACAGACCUGAUGAGUGGGAGGACUAUAUGUAAUUAGUCCAUUGCGAUGAAUCAGAGUUGUCCUUAAUCUACUUUUCCUAGUCACCAUACUGAUCAAUACUUAUUUAGAAUUUCUUCUUGUCAGACACUAUGUUUAGAUUGGAAAUAGAGAUUUAUCAGACGUUCUCUGACUUCAGGUUGUUCAUUGGUCAUUAUAAUCUAGUGUUAUAAUGUGCUGAAGAUACACCAGGUAUGGAGGGAGCAAAUCUCUGUCUACAUGGGUCUAUAAAGCCUUCCAGGUGACUGUAGAACUGGUUUUGAAGGACUAAGAACUUGUUUACUGGAUGAAUAAUAGGAGAUGUAUUAAAUGCCUUUGUGAAAUGUGUAUAGCUAUGAAUGGAAUGGAUUUUGAACAUGAUGAGGGUCUUUCAGUGGGAAGUGCACUAGUGGAGUGUCUGGAACACGGUGGGCACCUUUGAACUUUGAACCAUGUACUAAAGUAUGAACUUCAUCCUGUAGGUGGUGGUAAAGAACCACACAGGGUUUUAAAUGGGAGUAGCAUUACCCAAUUUGUGUUUAGAAAGGUCAUUCUAGCAGUGUUGUGGAGGGUGGAUUAAGACAAUGACAAAAGACAGUGUUUUACAAAAAUGAAAUAUCUUCAGUUAAGCCAGUAAUUACCUAUAGAAUAUAAGACCUUUCUAAUAGUACUAAAGAUUAGUUGAUUCAGAAUUGAAAAACUGAAACUAUAUUAUCUUUAGAUGAGCUGUGAUGUAAAAGACACUGCCCAGUUAAUACUUUGUAUGCUUUGUAUUAAAGGAGUUCCAAUUUUACAAAAAAAUAUGAAUUCUCAGCCUAAAAAAAAAAUCACUUGUGGCAUGUUUUUGCAUCUUUGACAUCUGCAGAAGAAUUUUGCUAGAUACAAAGAAAAAAGUUACUAUCACUACAGAAAGUGCUUCUGCUAUGUUAGGUCAAAAAUCUGGAUCUCUUGGAAUUUUUUAAUGAGCCUGGAUUUCUCUUACUGUUUUGUUUCACCUAGUGAUGCUUAUUGCAAAUAAGUUUUCUGAAACAGACUCUUUGAAAAGUGUCACUAUUGUUAAAAUUGAUCAGUAUAUAGGUUCAAAUCCAGGAACCAUAACCAGUUUGUGAUAAAAGACAAUUUAACAAUCUUGUCUUCCUUACUAAUGCUCAUUGGUUGAAUUAAGAAUUUUUAACAAUGAUUUACGUUUCUAUUCCAGUUUCAGAUUUUCUUGCAACAAAAGGAAUGCCAAGUAUUCAGUAAUCAAGAGCAAAACAUGUCAGUGUAAUACACACUUUCUUGCUGAUAUCACACUGUAUAUGAGUAAACCAAAAUUAAAACUCCAAGGAAAGGAAAAGCUUGUCACCUUCACAGAUAGGUACAAAAAUUUAUGUUGAAAUUGAAGCAUCAUGAUACGGAUCCAGAAAUGCUGAUUUUGCAUAGUUUCUGACAUAAAUUUUCAUUGUAAUUAGCAUUUUGUAAAUUUGCUGCAAAAGCUAUCAGGAAAAUUUGAAAAACACUUAGUUGAUAUUGAAUAAGCUUAGAGUUGCUUUUGAAAUUAUGUAAAUACCCCUCCCUUUGAAUUUGAUUUAAUCUAGAGUUGACACAAGAAUUAGUACUUAACUUGAGCAGAAAAGUUCUUAACUUGGAGAGAAAUUGAUAACCUUUUGCUAAAAUGUUAAAUAGGUUCAUAUAAAAACACUUUGUUGAUAUGGAUCCAAAAAAAUGUUUUAAUGAUUUUUUCAGUAGUUGAUUCAGUUAUGGGAAAAGAAGAAUAUUUGGAGCAAUUUGGAUAUUUGAGUCUACUUUUUCAACUGUGAACUCAAUUAUGAAACUGCAAAAAUUAUGAAAGAAAAUGUUACACUAGAAAAUAGUCAAUGCAAAAAAAUGUAUAUAAGGAAUAAAGGAACAGAAAAGACGUGAGACACAAACAAGUUAAAUGGUAGGCUUAAGUCUAAUAAUAACAUUAAAUGUGAAUGGAUUAAUCCAGUCAAAAAAUAAGGGAUCAGACUGGAUAAAAAUAAACAUGAUCCAACUAUGUGCUGUGUACAGGAGACACUUUAGAUUUAAAGAUACAAAUAGUGAAAGUAAAAGGAUGGAAAAGGAUGCAAAUAAACUAUCAGAAAGUUGGAGUGGCUAUACUAAUAGAUAAAAUAGGCUUGAAAACAAAAUAUGUUAGAAAUAAAAGGGCGCAGUCUAUAAUGAUGAGCAACACCAAUGAUAAACAACCCCAAGCUACAUGAAACAAAAACUGACUGGAAGGGAAUGAUGCCAAUUCAACAAUGACAGUUGGACAUUUUAAUACCCUGCUCUCAGUGGAUAGAACAACUGGGCAGAUCAACAAAAUAAAGAGACUUGAACAACACUAUAAGGCAACUAGACCUAACGUGUAGAGCACAUAACACCAGAAUACACAUUCUUCUCAAGUGCACAUGGGACGUUAUUCAAUAUUCCAUAGGCUACAUCAUAAAACAAGCUUCAAAAUUUAAAAGAACUAAAAUCAUACAGAGUCUAUUCUCCAAUCAUAAUGAAGUUAGAUGUAAAGUUGAGAACUUUGGAAAUAUGUGGAAAUUAAACAAUACACCUAAAACCAAUGGGUCUAAAAACUCAAAAGUGAAAUUAGAAAAUACUUUGAAAUAAAUGAAAAGACAUACUAAACCUGGUGGGAUGCAGCAAAAACUCCUUAAAGGGAAAUUUAUAGUUAUAAAUACAUAGAUUUAUUAAAACCAAAACAAAAAUCCUAACCUUCCAAUUUAAGACACUGGAAAACAAAGAGCAAAGUAAACCCAAAGCAAGCAGAAGAAAGAAAAUAAUGAAAUGGAGAAAAGGAACACAAUUGAGAAAGGAGCAAGACAAAAGUUAGUUCUUUGGAAAGAUCAGCAAAAUCAAAAAACACUCAAAUUGGGCUUCCCUGGUGGCGCAGUGGUUGGGAGUCCGCCUGCCGAUGCAGGGGACGUGGGUUCAUGCCCCGGUCCGGGAAGAUCCCACAUGCCGUGGAGCGGCUGGGCCUGUGACCCAUGGCCGCUGAGCCUGCGCGUCUGGAGCCUGUGCUCCGCGAUGGGAGAGGCCCGCAUACCGCAAAAAAAACACCAAAUUACUAAAAUCAGGAAUUAAAGGGGGACAUUACUACUAACUUUACAGAAGAAGGGUUAUUAUGGAAUACUAUGCUAAUGAAUUAAAUAACAUAGACAAAUACCUAGAAAGACACAUACUACCAAAACCAACUCAAGAAGAAAUAGAAAAAAUUGAGUAAACUUAAAACAAGUGAAGAGGUUAAAUUAGUAAUGAAAAAAAACUAUGGAAAGAAAAGCCCAGGCCCAGAUGGCUUCACUGGUGGAAUUCUAAGAAUAUCAAUUCUUUACAAACUUUCAAAAACCUGAAGAAGGAACACUUCUUAACUCAUUCUAUGAGGCCAAUAUUACCCUAAUAUCAAAACCAGACAAAGCUAUCACAAGGAAAGAAAACCACACACUAAUGUCACUUAUGAAUAUAGAUGCAAAAUUCUUAAAAAACUAGCAAAACAAUCCAGCAAAAUGUUAAAAGAUCAGACACUAUGACCAAGUGGGACUUAUCCCAGGAAUGCAAGCUUGGCUUAAUAUCCCCAAUUAAUGUAAUACACUAUAUCAAUAGUUUAAAGGACAAAAUGACAGGAUUAUCACAUUAGACAUGGAAAAGGUAUUUGACAAAAUUCUACAAUGCUUCAUUUAAAAAUAAAAACGCACUUGCCAAGCGAUGAAUGGAAGAGAACUUCCUCAACCUGAUAAAGGCAUUUACAAAGAACCCACAGCUAACAUCCUACUUAAUGGUAGGUCCCCCUAAGAUCAGGAAGAAAAAAAAAAAUGUGCACUCUUACCUUCUAUUCAACAUUCUACUAGAUGUUCUAGCCAGGGAAAUUAGGCAAGAAAAUGAAAUAAAAGGCAUUUUUUAUUGUUUGUAAAACCAUAUGGCAUUUGUUGUUCUUUGGAAAGAUCAGCAAAAUUGAUGGGCCUUUAACCAUACUGUACAGAACAAAAAACAAUUUACUAAAAUCAGAAAUGAAAAGGAUGCAUUACUACCAACCCUACAGAAUAAAAAGGAUUAUUAUGGAAUACCAUGAACAAAUGUAUGCUGAUGAAUCAGAUAACAGUGAAAUUGAUUGGAGAGGAAAAAGUAAAACCAUAUUUGGAGGUGACAUAAUCUUGUACAUAGAAAAUCUUAGAAGCUGUUACAGUUAACAGGUAAGUUCAGCAAGAUUACAGGAUAAUAAGAUCAGUAUACAAAAAUCAAUUGUAUUUCUACUCACUAGCCAUGAACAAUUCCAAAUUAAGAAAACAAUUUCAUUUACAAUAGCAAUAAAAUACUUAGGAAUAAAUUUAACAAAAGAAAUGCAAGACUUGUACACUGAAAACUAUAAAACAUGGAAAAAAGACCUAAGUAAAUGGAAAGACAUUUCAUUUUUAUGGAUUGAAAAACUUGAUACUGUUAGGAUGGCAAUACUCCCGAAAUUGAUCUACAGAGUGAAUGCAAUCCCUCACAAAAUCCCAUUGGCUUUUUGUUUGUUGCAGAAAUUUACAAACUGAUCUUAAAAAUUCAUAUGGAAACCUAAGGGACCCCAACAGCUAAUCUUGAAAAAGAACAAAUUUGGAAGACUCAAACGUCCUGAUUUCAAAACUUAUUACAAAGCUACAGUAAUCAACACAGUGUGGUGUUGGCACAAGGAAAGCUUAUAGAUCAAUGGAAUUGAAUUGAGAGCCUAGAAAUAAACUCUUACAUUGUUUAACUGAUUUUGAACAAAGGUGCCAAGACACCUCAAUAGGGAAAAGAAUUGUGUCUCCAGCAAAUGGUGCUAGACCACUGAAUAUGUACAAGUAAAAGAAUGAAGUUGAACCUCUACCACACACCAGUUAAAGUGAAUUUUAAAAAUCUAAAUGUAAAAGCUAAAACUACAAAAACCCUUGGGAAAAGACAUAGGUAAACAUCUUCAUGACCUUAGAUUAGGCAAUAAUUAACUUAGAUAAGACACAUUUUAAAGCACAAGCAACCAAAGAUAAAAAUAGAUUACCUGGACUUUAUCAAAAUUAAAAACUUUUGGGCUUUCCUGGUGGCACAGAGGUUAAGAAUCCGUCUGCCAAUGCAGGGAACACGGGUUUAAGCACUGGUCUGGGAAGAUCCCACAUGCUGCGGAGCAACUAAGCCUGUGCGCCACAACUACUGAGCCUGUGCUCUAGAGCCCAUGAGCCACGACUGUUGAGCAUGCCUGCCACAACUACUGAAGCCCACGUGCCUAGAGCCUGAGCUCCACAAGAGAAGCCACCACAAUGAGAAGCCUGUGCACUGCAAUGAAGAGUAGCCCCUGCUCACCACAACUAGAGAAAGCCCGCGAGCAGCAACGAAGACCCAAUGCAGCCAAAAAUAAAUAAAUUUUUAAAAAUUAAAAACUUUUGUGCUUCAAAGGAAAAAAAAAGACAACCCAAUAAUUGCAAAUCAUGUAUGAAACUAGUUUCCAGAUUAUGUAAAGAACUCUUACAACUCAACAGUGAAAAAACCCAAUCUAAAAAUGGUUAAAGGAUUUGAAUAAACAUUUCUCCAAUGAAGAGUGACUUCUAAUGGGUAUAGUUUCUUUUGGGGCUGAUAUAAAUGUCCUGAGAUUAGGUAGUGGUGAUGAUUGCACUACACUGAAUAUUCUAAAACCUCUGAAUUCACUUUAAAGGGCUGAAUUUUAUGGUAUAUGAAUUAUCUCAAAAAUACAUAAAUGAAAUCAUUUUGUAUGAUUUUUUCUGCAACUUGAAUUCUUUGGUCACUAUGUUUUUGAGAUUAAUUCAUGCUAAUGCAUGCAGUUGUAAUAUCUGUAGUUAAUUUGUUUUCCCUGUAGUAUGAUAUUGUAUUGUGUGAAUAUUCCAAAAUAUAUUUAUUCAUUCUUUGCAA